AUGGAAAUCCGCCCUUUGCUGAUAACCCGGCUGCGACGAAUCGGACAGGAUUAUUCAAUGCUGGCUGUGGAGUUUCGAACUUGGCUUAUCCAAGACCUCCACCAAGACCUCCAUAUUAACAUCCCUGUUAUGGGGACUACGGGCCUAGACUCCAUUGCUUCGCUUUGUGUCGUCGCGUCUCGUCAACGACUUCCCGAUGUACAGGAUGAGACAAAGCACGAGACACACCUAGAGACGGGGAGCCUCGACCCCAUCCAAACGGUAUGCCGGUCUCCUGCAGCACAUUCUCGAUUCACACACAUGCCGAUUGCCUCUCAUGAUGACGUCUCUGCCACUUUCAUGGACUUGGCCCGCCGAAAUUGGAGACUUGUAGAGGGAAGCACAUUCGAGCCUGUUCUGCUCACAUGUACCCCAGACCACCAUACACUAGUCGUGGGCUGGCAUCAUAUUAUAAUGGACGUGAUGAGCUGGAAUGUAUUCUUGACCGAUCUCAACAACGUGUAUAUGAUGCGUCCUUUGGCAUCUUGCGCCGUAUCGUACUUGGAUUUUUUGCAAGAACAGAAUCGUGUCAUCCAAAGUGGCGAGAUGGAAGGCGCAAUCCAGUACUAUUUGCAAGAGAUGCAGUCAAUACCAGAAGCGAUACCACUUCUCCCCAUUGCAACGUCGCCGCCGGCCUCACCGUAG